CAAGCAUUUGCUUCUGAAAGGAGUUAUGCACAAGACACAUUGUCGGUGUGUCUGGAAUAACUAAUUGGAUGAUGGGUUCUAUUGCUGUUUGUUUUGGUUGUUUAUCAUUUAUAAUGUGCUGGACAAAUGAGAAAGUAGAGUAUGAGAUGGAUAUGAUUGAGUCAGCCGUGAAAUCACUCAGGUCACUCAGGGCGUUGAUGCCUGCAAAAGAAAGGCAUGAAAGAGCGUGAUGAGUUACGUGAAGACAUUGAACAGCUGUGUAUGCAGCAAGCUGGUCCUGGUUACCUUGCUGUGGCUACUCGAAUGCAUUUUCAGAGGACAGCUGGCUUGGAGCAGGAGAUUGAGAGCUUGAAAAAGAAGUUAACUGCUUGCACUAGAGAGAAGUUAAAUCUCCAAGAGGAGCUUUCGGAAGCUUACCAUAUCAAAGGCCAGUUGGCUGAUUUACAUGCUGCAGAGGUAUCAAAGAAUAUGGAAGCAAAGAAGCAGGUUAAAUUUUUCCAAGGUUGUGUUGCUUCUGCAUUUGCUGAACGAGAUCAUUCAAUAAUGGAGGUUACUACUUUUUCCCCUCUUAAAGUUUCUAUGUUCUGCUUGGUGCACAGGAGAAGGUUGGGGUUUAAUGCCAAAAAAAAAUUUUUACAUAUUUAGCAAAGAAAGCACAUUUAUUUGAUGGUAUACACCUGGUAAACUUAGAACAGCAGAAGAACACAUCUGACAAUCCAUCAACUGACAACAGUAGCUGAAAUGUUGAAGGUGAUUGCUCACAUCCGUGGGUUUUAGUCUCAACUCAAAGGAGUUGGGGAUAGAAGGAAAUAAAUAAUAUCUAACAUCUGGUGAGUGAUUGUGUUCAUCAAUAGAGGUUAGUUUUAAUUCACGUAGUUGGGAAUACCGUGCGUGUAACUAAAAGCAGAAGGUGGCCGACUAUAAAUUGGUCUUUUUAUGUGGGUUUCUAUAAUUUUUAAAAGGGACCACUUAGGCCACAUUAAGUAACAUUCAUAUAAUUAUAUGGGCUUAUAAGAAGUGGGUAGCAUUUCUAAAUUUAGAUAGUAAUCGUCUACGAAGCAUGGACACGACCUCAUUAAGUAACAU